AUGUCUCCUCCUUUCAUUGCAGAACAAAGAGUAGAAGAUGUCCGACUUAUCCGAGAGCAGCAUCCUACCAAAAUCCCGGUUAUAAUAGAACGAUACAAGGGUGAGAAGCAGCUUCCUGUCCUGGAUAAGACCAAGUUUCUUGUACCUGAUCAUGUCAACAUGAGUGAACUCAUCAAGAUAAUUAGAAGGCGCUUACAGCUCAGCGCCAAUCAGGCCUUCUUCCUGCUGGUGAACGGACACAGCAUGGUGAGCGUGUCCACGCCCAUCUCGGAGGUGUACGAGAGCGAGAAGGAUGAGGAUGGGUUCCUGUACAUGGUGUACGCCUCUCAGGAGACGUUUGGAAUGAAAUCGGCAGUGUAAGACCAGAAAAAUGCACCCAUUCUAGAACUUUUUUAAACCCUUACCAAGGAAAAAAAGGGAUGUUACCAACUGAGAUUGAUCAGUUCAUCUAAUCACAGAUCAUCAAAACAGUAGUGUUUGCACCUCCUAGGGUUUUAGGAAGUUGUUUUUGUAUUUCAGACAGAAAAAGUGAGCUCCAAAUGAGCACAUUCAGCUUUGGAAAACUAUUAUCACUUAACGUAGGCUAUCUUGUUUUCAAAUCUUAGAAGUUUACAAAUAAAAUACUUUGCAUUCUAAGUUGCCAACACAUAGACCUUCAAGUUA